CAAUUCUAUCUUACAGGGAGAGCUUUUGGUCAUGGACAAAAGCUAUAAACUCUACUUGUUUUGGGUUGUAUCAGUUUGCUUGAUAUUGAACUAUGCAGAGCUCAUUCUUACUGAAGCAGCUCCUGAAGAAGCUCUCAUUACACAUCUACCUGGUUUCAAUGGAACUUUGCCUUCAAAACACUAUGGAGGAUAUGUGAGCUUUGAUGAGAAGAAUCUUUUCUACUAUUUCAUUGCUUCUGAAAAAAACCCAUCUGAAGAUCCUGUGGUUUUGUGGCUCAAUGGAGGACCUGGGUGCUCAAGCUUUGAUGGAUUUGUGUAUGAACAUGGACCAUUCAAUUUUGAAGAAGGGCAGCCAAAAGGAAGCCUGCCAAUACUGCAUCUCAAUCCAUAUGCUUGGUCAAAGGUUUCAAACAUUAUUUAUUUAGACUCUCCUUGUGGGGUUGGCCUUUCUUACUCUAAUAAUACAAGUAAAUACACAACAGACGACUGGCAUACUGCUGCUGAUUCACAUGCUUUUCUUCUUAAGUGGUUUGAAUUAUAUCCAGAGUUCAUAAAAAAUCCAUUCUAUAUUUCUGGAGAGUCCUAUGCUGGAAUUUAUGUGCCUACUCUUGCUUCUGAAGUAGUGCAAGGAAUAAAGGCUGGUGUAAAACCCAUUCUAAAUUUCAAGGGUUAUCUAGUUGGUAAUGGGGUUACAGAUUCUGAUUUUGAUGACACUUUGACUUCCCUUGUGCCUUUUGCACAUGGAAUGGGACUCAUCUCAGAUGAUAUUUAUGAGGAUGUUCAAUCUGCCUGCUAUGGAAAUCACACUGAUCCUCACCAUGAUUGCUCAACCAGCAUCGACAAAAUGCAUGAUGCAAUUGAUGGGCUAAACAUUUAUGACAUCCUAGAGCCUUGCUAUCACGACCCAAAUGCAUACAAAGAUGGAAAAGGAAACACAAGUUUGCCGGUGAGUUUCCAGCAAUUAGGAGUAACACAGAGACCUCUUAAGGUUAGAAAGAGAAUGUUUGGCCGUGCUUGGCCUCUUCGUGGCCAGCUCAAACCAGGCACCUUGUGGCCUGAGCUUGCUGAGCAAGGCAGUGUUAUGUGCUUUAACGAUGAAGUUGCAACUGCAUGGUUAAAUGAUGAAUCAGUUAGGAAUGCAAUUCAUGCUGAACCGAAAUCCAUUGCUGGUUCUUGGGAGCUUUGCUCGAGUAGAAUAAUUUAUGCAAGGUAUAGCUCUGGAAGUAUGCUUCCAUACCACAAGAACUUAACCUCCCAAGGAUAUCGAGCACUUAUAUACAGUGGAGACCAUGAUAUGUGUGUGCCUUUCACUGGAACUCAAGCAUGGACUAGGUCCCUUGGAUUCAAGAUUGUUGAUGAAUGGAGGCCAUGGUUUUCUAAUGAUGAAGUUGCUGGAUACUUGCAAGGAUAUGAUUACAAUUUCAUCUUUCUAACCAUAAAAGGCGCGGGGCAUACAGUCCCAGAAUACAAGCCAAGAGAAUCACUGGAUUUCUAUAGCCGUUGGUUGGAUGGAAAACCGAUAUAAUUGUCUUCAAGAAACUGGCUUUUAAUUGGAUUAGUAUUUAAUAAUAUGCAGUGCACAAUGUUUUCCAAUAAAAUCAUUUCAUGUUUAACUCAUCAAAAUUUGAGUUUUAUAACUGUUUGUGGAAGGCCUUUCAAAUUCUUUACUUUGUAUGGAGUUGAUUGGAUAUGUCAUUGGGGAGUAGAUGUUGAUAGUUAAUAGUUUUUAGUUAUCAAAUACAUAGAUUUUUAAGCCCAAAAUACUAAAAGCCUAUUGAAGAAUAAACCUAAAAACCCAAACUCAGAAGUCCCAACUGUUGAAUUGGAAAGCAUAUCAUCAACAAUGUUAUUCUUCUUCGCCACA